CGGCGUUAUUUUAUUUUAGUUGUCCAGCGGAGCUGUACGUGUUCUGUGGCUGUACUAUUGUGGUUUUGUCAGUAUUGUGUGUUCGUAUUGUCACGUAUUGUGUUGUGGCAGCGCCUCGUUGUGGCUUGCAGCAGCUGUCACAAAAGCAAAAUAGGGUGGUGAAAGAAGCAGCUGAAGCUGGGCAGGAGCAGUAGCGGAAGCUGAUUGUCGGUAGUGUGAAGUGUAGACGAAGAGUGUGUGGAAUAGUGUGGAGCAGUGUGGACGAAUAACUGCGAUGUUUUCGCGUGAGGUACCGAGCGGUUUAGUAUGGAUGGCAGUGUUCCAAGUUUUGUUGAUUGUGUUCGACGUUUCGUGUCACGGUCACAGUCAUCACAACGAACUCAACAAAGAGCGGGUACAGGACGGUGCAGUCGGAUCCAGGGGCCAAAAGCACUUCGAAGCCGAGCAGCACGACACGAGCUUUGAUCACGAAGCGAUCCUGGGUAGCAAAGAUGCAGUUGAGGAGUUCGACCAGCUGCCCCCCGAGGAAGCUAAGGCCAGGUUAAAAGAGUUGGCGAUUAAAAUGGACAAGGAUAAAGAUGGCUUUGUUGACAGGCUUGAGCUCAUUGACUGGAUACUGCGUUCUUUCAAGUUGCUUACACAAGAAGAGGCAGCUGAGCGAUUUGAAGAUGAAGACAAGAAUGGUGAUGGAAAGGUCACUUGGGACGAGCAUGUGAGUGAAGCCUUCGGAUCACCACAGAAGAUUUCGGACAGCGACAGUGAAGAUAACGACUUGAGACUUCUUGAAGAAGAUGACCGUUACUUCAAGGCAGCCGAUGCAAAUGGAGAUGGCGUGCUGGACAAGAAUGAAUUUCCCAAGUUCUCCCAUCCAUCUGAAUUCCCUGAAAUGCAGGAGACAUUGUAUGAAGAGACAAUGAAACGCAAGGACGUGGACAAAGACGGCUACCUGAGCCUUGAAGAGUUCACGACAGAAGACCCAGACAAGCCACUCAGCAAUGAGCAGUACAUUGCAGAAAAGGAGCGGUUCGAGGUGGACUAUGACAAGAAUGGUGACAGAAAGCUUGACAAAGAGGAAACUCUCAACUGGCUGCUACCAGGAAAUGAGUUUGGCUUACAACGCUCAACAAAAACACCACAUGGCAGCCCUCCUGGAGAUAUCUUUGAAGUUGCAGAACAAGAGGCAGAACAUCUCAUAGCCAAUGGCGACGCUGACAAUGAUGGCAAGCUUUCCAUACAAGAGAUUAUUGACCACCACGAACUCUUUGUUGGAAGUGAAGCAACUGACUAUGGCGAACAUCUACACAACACCAGCCGAUUCAGUGAUGAACUUUAGGGUCACAUCAUCCUUUUGUGUAUUGUGUGUGUGUGGGCGCAUGCAUCUUCCUGUGAGUUAGUGGAUACAAACUGAAGCUGGAGCAACUUGAGGCAUGGCUGUCCCGAGUGGGAGUUUUGUUUUGUUUUACAAACUUUAUUUUUGCUCAGGUAUGUCUGCACCUUGUCAUGUUCGUGUGUCAGGCAGUUAUUUAUCUGUUUGUGGGUGCUUCUGCAGAGUGAAUGAUUUUAUAGACCAUUCAAGGCCAAGGGUACAAUAAAGAAUCUCUAUGCCUCCUG